CGCUGUCCCAGUUAUGGUUCACGGCUGUCGCGAAAAAUGACGGAGCGGCCGGACGCUUCGUCGCCGCAUCGUAAAUGUCAGAUGGAGGGGAUAUGAAAUAGCGCGUGUGGAUCGAAGGAAACAAAAAGGCCUUUAGUUGCCUCCGAAGAGUCAUAUCACCAAGUUCCAUCGUUGAAUUAUUAUGCGACCGCAUUAUAAUGGUAUGUGAUAGCCACUCGGUGUGCCGCUUGGACUUUGUGACCGACCUUAUAGGUUAGACCGCUCCGGGAUUAAUAGCGCGAAGAAAAAAAAAGAGGAAGGUCACGAUGCGGGCGGCUAUCGCGGUGUUCUGCGUGUUCCUCGGCUGCUGCACCAACGUUGUGUUCCUGGAGCUGCUCGUCAAGGACGAUCCUGGUAGCGGGAAUCUCAUCACGUUCUCGCAGUUUCUCUUUAUCGCUGUCGAAGGCUUCCUGUUCACAUCGAAAUGCGGCACCGUCAAGCCGAACAUCGGCAUAAAAGACUAUUUUGUCCUGGUCACAAUGUUCUUCGUCGCCAAUGUCUGCAACAAUUACGCCUUUGACUUCAAUAUUCCCAUGCCGUUGCACAUGAUAUUCAGAGCUGGUUCUCUCAUAGCCAACAUGGUCAUGGGGAUAGUAAUAUUGAAGAAGAAGUACAUGCUUAGCAAGUACUUGUCAGUGUUCAUGAUCACCUCAGGCAUAGCGAUCUGCACGAUCGUCAGCGGCAAGGAGAUCAAGUCCCUACGGCAGAAGGAUAUGGAGCACGUGCCCACGACACCGCUGGAGGAUUUCUUCUGGUGGUCCCUGGGUAUAUCUCUGCUGACGAUCGCUCUGUUCGUCUCCGCGAGAAUGGGAAUCUACCAGGAGGUGCUGUACAGCCGGUACGGCAAAAAUGCGCGGGAGGCUUUGUAUUAUACGCAUCUGCUACCCCUGCCAUUCUUCAUGACGUUGGCGCCCAACAUCUACGAGCACUGGAAGUUCGCGUAUGCGUCCGAACUGACGGAGCUGCCCCUGAUCGGCUUGCACAUGCCGAAACUGAUCGUGUACUUACUCGGGAACAUCCUCACGCAAUACAUGUGCAUCAGUUCUGUGUUCGUGUUAACGACCGAGUGCAGCUCGCUCACGGUCACCCUGGUGAUAACACUGCGGAAGUUCCUCUCCCUGCUCUUUUCCAUAGUUUACUUCAAGAACCCGUUCACGCUGCACCACUGGAUCGGCACGUUACUAGUCUUCGUGGGUACAGUCAUAUUCACGGAAGUGUUACCAAAGAUUAAGCAAAGUCUGCAGCCCGUACCUAAGAAGGUGGAUUAGACGCGGUGGAAUUGAACUAAACGCCGUGAUUUAUAUUAUCUAAUAACAAAUUCGCGAUAAACGGCACUUUAGAGAGAUAUCCUUCAAUCGGAUCACAAGGUGACCGUCGAUUGGUUUGUAUAAAUCAAUACGUAUAUGUUCCUGUAAAAAUAGCGACAAGUAGUAGACAGAGAUAUUAUCUUUGUUACCUCAUUGCUAUAUUUUCAUAAUUAAAUUGACGAAUAAAGAGGAGUCGCAUUCA